AUGGCAGAAACGGUUCUUGACUUCGGCGCAUCCGGAAACAUCGGAGUAUCUGCCGUUAUCGGUGCCCUCCAAGCUAAGCGCAAAGUCAUUGCUGUUGUCCGUAAUCAGACAAGCGCCGAGAAGAUAUUCAACUACGUUGGAACCCGCGAUGGAAUCACGAUCACCGAAGCGGACAUCGCAUCUGAGGAAUCUGUUAUAGGUAUCGUUGAUCAAGUUCGCGCCGGCAAGCUGCCGCCGUUUCAGCAUGUUUUUGCGUCUCACGCAUACCGUGCAACUGCGCCGUACUUACUGGAGAAUGGCAUCCCAAACAGCUCUUGGACGAUGUGUUCUGGUGCUUCGGGAGAUAUGGGUCGGCGAGCAGCUCCUGCUGUAACUCAAGGAGCUUUGUUCAGCAUGGCCACUGUGACUGCCCGCGAUAAUCUAGACGCCAACAUACGCUUCAACGAAAUCUACCUAUCCUAUCGAGUUCAGCACCACGUCAACUUGGAAGACAAAAAACAGUUCCUCGGCCUGGCGCAUCUCCAGACUUCGAGGGAGUUCGCCCCACUCUACCAGCAACUGUUGGACGGAACGGACAUUAGGAGCAAGAGGGUCAAUGCUAUCAACCCUGAAGACGUGGUUGAUUUGAAGUACGAAACUCGUUACCGAGACUUCUGA